AUGGAUGACCUCCCAGGAGAAAUUUUAUCAGAAAUAUUCAUCCGGUUAUUGGCAAAACAGCUUGCUCAAAUGCGGUGUGUCUCUAAAUCUUGGAAUGCUCUCUUAUCACAACCCUCUUUCAUAAAAUUUCACCUGCAUCGUUCCAUCCAUAACAACGAUAAAACUAUAUUGGUGUUCAUGGAUGAAGUGUUUUCUUUUGAUAGAAAACCAUUCACAGCACAUUCCACUCGAUCUCCCCAUCUCGAACUCACUAAGUUCAUCAAACUCCCGAUUAAUCUCCAGAAAAGAUAUUAUAGAGUUAUAGGUUCAAUUAAUGGCCUAAUAUGUUUUUCUGACGCAUCAGAUGUUAACAUUUGGAACCCUUCUCUGAACGCCAUGUUAAAUAUCCCCCCACUUUCUAUUCUUUCCCAUUGUUAUAGUGAUUCCAACAUAUGUCAAAUCCGGUUUGGGUUUGAUCCAAAAACCGAUGAUUACAAAGUCGUUAAGUUUAUGGGUGUUCACCGACAACCCAGUAGUAGCCGGUCUAACGGAUAUUUCAUUCAAGAUUGGCAACAAGUUGUAAUUUAUAGCAUGAGAAAAGGUUCUUGGUAUUUAAUCACUCAAAGGAUUCCAUCGUGCGUGAUAAGGAUUCAUUCUCAAGCUGCAGUUUGUGUAGAUGGCCAUGAUGGUCAUCUUCAUUGGCUUUGUUAUAUUGAUGAGGAGAUGAAGGCACAAACGAUAGUGGCAUUUGAUUUGGGCGUGGAGACAUUCUAUGAGAUACCUCUUCCAGAUUCUAAACUACAUCACCAUGGACAUUACUGGUUCAGUGUGUUAGGAGUUUUGGAUGGAAAGCUUUGUGCGAUGUCAAGGGCUAAAGGUGAGAGAUGCGAGGUGUGGGUGAUGGAAGAGUAUAGGGUGGCUGAAUCAUGGGUAAAACAUCAUGUUUUUUCACAGUUUAGUGGUAUAAUUCCAAUUGGAUUCACAUCACACAGUGAGUUUGUUUUUUAUGGAUAUCCUUGUGGUCUAGCUUUGUUCGACCCAAUUUCAGCCAAGGUUAAAAGCAUAGGUACUCCGACUACACAUGUUGGCAUGAUUAAAAUUCUCGAGUACGUGGACAGUCUUGUUUGGAUAGCACCUGUUAAGCGUGAGAUCAUGUGUUUCAACAUCUCUGAUCACUUUGCAAAAUUGAAAAGAGGCUUCAACACGAUGGUGAAUGGUACAAGGGAAAUAAAAACCAAGACAUUGGUGCUAAUUAUACUAUCUUUUCUUAUAUUUAUUUGCCUGAUGAUAUUUUUCGAAAUUAGGUUUGUGUCAAGUACUUAACUUUAGUGUACAACCUUAUUUUCUAUUCAAGGAGAAUGUUUAAUUUUCUUAGACCAAUAUAUAUGUAGUAUAGGUGAAAUCUAAUGA